CGCCUGCCACCUCCGUCUUGUUGCGGAAUCACUUCGUGGAUGCUCAAGAAAAGUCAGCUAGCGAGACUAAUUCGAAAUUCGAUCAAGGUCACUAUAAGUUUUUCAUUGGUUUUCCAUUAGCAAAACUGAAUCAGAGUUAACAAGAAGUUUGAUGAUAUUUGUGCGUAGCCCCUUGCUUUCUAUUCGGUAUCUUCCCAAGCUCCGUUCUUAUUCUCCAUUUGCAUUACCAGCAUCUGCCCUUACACCUGAGAUGGAGAUGGGAUCAUUAGCGCCUUCAAUAAUGGUCUUGUGUGGGAAAUCUGAUGCGGAGAAUGAACUGGCCAAAUCACUGAAGAAGAAAAAAUCUUUGAAGCUCCCUGGAGACGGUGAUCUCAAAGUUGUUUUGCAUUCGGAGGUAGACAAUGGAUCCCAAAAUGAGGCAUUUUGUCUUGACCAUUACUUUAACUCUCUCUCCACGGCAACUGGACUCGGGAGAUUCGUCAUUUACUCUCCCAGACUGUCAUCCACACAUGAUUUCAUUUCAAGCAAUUUCUGUGAGCUGCCACUCGGUGCAGUGUGUGUUGCUGAUGUGCAAUCCAAGGGGCGAGGGCGUUCAAUGAAUGUGUGGGAAUCCCCAAAGGGUUCCCUUCUUUUUUCGUUCACCUUACAAAUGGUAGAUGGACGAAUGGUGCCACAUGUGCAGUAUGUAGUCAGUCUUGCCAUGGCAGAUGCCAUUAAUGAUCUCUGGAAGCAAUACGGCACCUCACAUCUUGUUGUAAGAAUAAAGUGGCCAAAUGAUCUUUAUUUAGAUGGUCUUAAGAUUGGUGGCAUUUUGUGCACUUCUACAUACAAGUCCCAGAAGUUUAAUGAAUUGGCAUAAAUGUUGAUAAUGAGAAACCCACUACAUGCUUGAAUGCUGUUCUACAGAAAUCAACAUCUGCCCCAAAUUUAUUAAAAAGAGAAGACAUUCUUGCAGCAUUUUUCAAUAAAUUUGAGACUUUAAAUGAGGUUUUCCUAAAACAAGGAUUUCAGCCCCUUGAGGAGUUGUAUUAUAAGACUUGGCUCCACAGUGGGCAGCGAGUUAUUAUACAGGAGAUUGUCGAGAAGCAAAAUGAGUUUAUAGAGAAUGUAGUCACUAUUCAGGUCAUUUG